AUGGCUGAAAAGUACGAACCUGAGAGGGAUGGCAUCAAGCCAGGGCCUUCUCCCAUCGGGCCUGCAACGGAUGAUGUUUCCUCGACCCAAAGCAAGGAGCAGACCGAGUGUCUUGAUGCCUUUGGGGACGAAGCCGGCGGUGAAGUUCAAUACAAGACCAUGACUUGGUGGCAGGGCGCCCUGGUAAUGAUUGCUGAAAACAUCUCACUGGGUAUUCUCUCUCUUCCUGCCGUGUUGGCCAGAGUUGGGUUGAUUGGUGGGUUGAUUGGCAUCAUCGGUCUCGGUAUUUUUACAACCUACUCUGGCUAUGUCCUAUGGCAGUUCAAGAUGAGAUAUCCGCACAUUAUUAACUAUGCGGAUAUUGGAGGCGUGCUCCUUGGCCCUUGGGGUAAGGAGCUUUUUGGCAUUGCGUACAUCAUCUACAUGGUUUUCUGCAUGGCCUCGCACAUUUUGACUUUUACUAUCGCCAUGAAUGUCCUGACUGAGCAUGCAACAUGUACCAUCAUCUGGGGAGUGGUUGGUGUCGUCAUAUUCACGCUUCUCUCUAUCCCUCGAACGUUGAAGAACAUCUCCUUCCUUUCCAUAGUUUCAUUUGCUAGCAUUCUAUCAGCUGUGAUGAUCACAAUGAUUGCUCUGGGUGUCUCGCCACAGGCUGCAGCUGAUGCGAUGCGUGGAACCUAUCCUGCGUCAUUCCCAGCAGCCUUCAACAGCAUGUCCAACAUCGUCUUUGCGUAUGGAGGCCAUGUUGCAUGGAUCAGUUUCAUCAGUGAAUUGCGGGACCCAAAGGAAUACCCCAAAUCUCUCAUACUAUUGCAAGCAGUAGACAUAUCCAUGUACCUUGUGGCAGCGCUGGUAAUCUACCGUUACGCUGGGGUAGGCGUUGACAGUCCCGCUCUAAGCAGUAACAGCGUUAUUGUGAAGAAGGUGGCCUGGGGCAUUGCACUCCCCACCAUUGUCAUUGCCGGGGUUAUCUUCGCCCACGUAUCUGUCAAGUACGUCUACGUACGUAUGUUUUCAGGUACACGUCAUUUGCACAGUCGUGGCUGGAUCGCUACGGGUACCUGGAUUGGUCUGGGCACCUUUUCCUGGAUCAUAGCUUUCGUUCUCGCAGAAAGCAUACCAGUGUUUAGUGAUCUGCUCGGUUUCAUUUCAGCCUUAUUUGCAUCAUGGUUUUCGUAUGGUAUUCCUGGUAUCUGCUGGUUCUACAUUAACCGUGGGAGCUGGUUCAAGGAUGGAAAGAACAUCUGGCUUACGAUGGUCAACCUCGUUUUGAUAAUCCUUGGUGUUAUCAUUUGUGGAGUUGGGUUGUAUGCAUCUGGCUAUGAGAUGGCCGCGCAUACGAAGUCAGGGUCUAGUGGCGUUUGGAGUUGUGUCGAUAACCAGUAUUAA